GCUCGAUUCCUUCUCUGCUCACAAACACUAAUCGUCUCUCUCUCUCUCUCUCUCUCCCCGUCUGCCGAGUCUGUAAGUUCACAAUGAGCGCAUUACGCCCCCUCCAUCUCCUUCUCUUCUCUCUCGGUGUACUAGCUAUCUCCGCCAAAGCUCACAACAUAACUGAGAUCCUAUCUGGAUUCCCCCAGUACUCCUCAUUCAACAGCUACCUGAGUCAAACGAAGCUGGACGAUGAGAUCAACAGCCGUCAGACUAUCACCUGCCUUGUCCUCGACAAUGGAGCUAUGUCUGCCCUCACAGCCAAGCAUCCCCUCAGCGUCAUCAAGAAUGUGCUUAGCCUCCUUGUUUUGCUCGAUUACUAUGAUCCUGCGAAGCUCCAUCAGAUCUCCAAAGGCACCACUCUGACCACCACUCUCUAUCAGACCACUGGACACGCUCCUGGCAACAACGGUUUUGUCAACAUUACCGAUCUCCAAGGCGGAAAAGUCGGAUUCGGCUCGGCGGCUCCUGGCUCGAAGCUGGAAUCAUCUUAUGCCAAAUCUGUUAAGCAAAUCCCCUACAAUAUUUCAGUGCUGCAAAUUAGCGCGCCUAUUAUAGCGCCGGGGAUCUUAACGGCUCCGGCUCCGUCGGCUUCGGACUUUAACAUAACGGCUUUGCUUGAGAAGGCUGGAUGUAAGACUUUUGCCAGUUUGCUUGUGACGAGUGGUGUGAUCAAGACCUACGAGUCGGAGCUCGAGAAAGGCUUGACAGUAUUUGCACCUAACGACGAGGCCUUCAAGGAUGAUGAUGUCCCCGAUCUAAGCAAGCUCACUAAUGCCGACAUGGUCGCGCUCUUACAAUACCACGCUUCGGCUGGUUACAGCCCCAAAGGAACCUUGAAGACCACCAAAGAUCCGAUUCCAACUCUGGCCUCUAAUGGCGCUGGAAAGUUCGAUCUGACUACAACGACUGCUGGCGACGAAGUCACACUCCACACAGGGGUUGACUCAUCCAGAAUCGCGGAAACCAUUCUUGACUCAACACCAGUCGUCAUUUUCGCCGUCGACAGCGUGUUGCUCCCCAAAGCUUUGUUCAGCAAAUCUCCGUCUCCGGCACCGGCACCAGAGCCUGUUACUGGUCCAUCUCCAUCACCAGCCACUCCAGCUCCGGCUCCGGUAGCAGAGGCGCCGUCUCCGAGAGCGGCAUCGCCGCCGGCUCCUCCAAUGGAUACGCCGGAGGCAGCUCCAGCUGACGCGCCAGAUUCAUCGGCAAAUAGCAAGGCGGAGAACGACGCCGUUCACGUGAGUGCACCUGCAUUGUUCUCCUUACUGAUGAUCAUCUCUGCCACUGUCAUUUCCACAGUUUUCUUGUUCUGAACAGUAUUUAUGGAGAACGCCUGUUAAUUUCUUCCAUUUUCCGGUUCGUCGUUCGCGUUCUUUGUUUUUUAUUUAAUUUUUUCUUAUUUUUUUCGGAUUUGCGUUUGUAUUAUUUUUCCGUUGUUAGUACUGAUUAGAGAGUUUAAUUUUUAAUUUAUAUUUAUUUUUAGUUUUAAUUUAACAUAUUUCCACUUCGAGUUUAGUAGUGGAGUGACGCUUACAAGUACGAACAGUGUUCUUUGCCAGCCAAUCCACUGAGUGGCGUUUUCUUUUUCUCGUUA